GGGAGGCGCCUUAUCUCAUAUAGCCUCAGCCCAGCCAACACAGGAGGAGCCGGAACAAGACAGACAGACGGUAGCAGGAGUUUUUGGCAGACAGAACACACGCCACACAAGCCACAGUCAUGCAAGGAAGGAGCGAUGCCGCUUAGAAUUGCCCCCUCCCUUGUCCUUCCAUGCUUCCGGCCUUCUUCCCACCAGUCUGUCUUUCCAUCCAGCCAUCUUCCCAUCCGUCCAUCCGUCCUUCUAUUGGCGUGGUAUCUCUUGCGCAACCGCCACGGACCAGUCCGGGGGUCCCCAAAGUGGCGUGAAUAUCGAGGCCCACUCUAGGGCGCGGGCUGCUUCCAGACAGGACCAGCUCUCCGCGGAGCCAAGGGAGAAGAGACCAUGGCUGGCGACCCCUCUGAGCUGGAGUGGGCCAUCGAUACGCUGGUGAAAAACUACAACAAAUACGCUGGCAAAGGGUGCUGUUGCACGAAACGGCGCGGGAUCAGCAAGGGCGAUUUCCGGAAGAUGCUCAGCCACGAGCUCAACCACAUGCUGACGGACACAAAGAACAAGCAGGCGGCGGACAAGCUGAUCUGCGACCUGGAUGAGAAUCGCGACGGGCAGAUCAGCUUCGACGAGUACUGGAACCUGAUUGGGGGCAUCGCCAGCCCCAUCUCCUGCCUGAUCCGGCAGCAGGAGGAGAGCGUGAAGUUCACCAAGUAGAGAGCCCCUGGGACAAAUAACAGAGAAAGCCAGCCUCUACCACCACCACCUCGUAUCUAGUGGUAUCUGGCAGCUCCAUGUCAGCGGGGCAGGGGAAUCCGCUCCGGGUUUUAGUCUGAACUUUCAAGGAGCCAAAGCACCUUGGGCAGCUCCUUGAAAGUGCGGACUAAUUCUGCUGCCCCACUGCGGCCGUCCGACUCCCUGCCUUAACCUUGCCAUUGUUCCAGCUCCCCCUGCUGGCUGGGCUGCUCAUGACACGUCCCGUCGGCAUAUCCGCAUGAAGCUGAACUCUCCAGAGGGUUUGGGAAUGGGGAACUCUCUAUGGAAAUGAUCUGUCCAUCCCUUUAAUUCCUUUCGAUGGCAACACUUGGGAUAUCGUGUCUGGGUGAUGGGCAGUGUGUGUGGGGGGGUGAGGGUGUCAAUGUGUCAUGAGGAUACAACAGCUGUCAGACUGUGAAUAGCGUUUCAAUAAAGCCUGGAGUUGGA